AGAUCUAGGGCAACAUCCAAAUGAAGGCAACGCAGCCAAUCUCAGAUUCACAUUUCAUCUUGAGUUUUUCUUCUUCUCUCUGCGACUCUGCCCGUCUGCCACGAUUCUCCAAUCUCCACCUAGUCUAGUUCAGCUUUUGCACCGUCGGGCGUCGGGCAUCGCACGACUCUCCAGCAGUCCAGCUUUUGCAUCGUCGGUCGUCUCACGCUGCCUCCCCAAAUCCCCUGCUUCACCGCUAGUCCACUGCAUGACCCAAGGUUAUCAAUGGCUAAUAAUCAUGGUCAAUCUGAAGCGAAUACAAUAACUUCUCCAUCUCCUGUCAGUCCCGUGCCUAGUAUCAAUGAAAUGAAUAACAACUUGCACACUUCUAGCACUGCAUCUACCCCUGCAGUAGGAUCAACUCAGCAACAACCAGAUUCAGAUGGAAAUUUAAAGGGAAAAAGAAAGGCAAUUAAGGAGAGGAGUGAAGUAUGGGAACACUUCACAAGGGAUAUAGAAAAAAAAAAGAGUACUUGCAAUCACUGUAAAAAGGUUUUUUGUUCAGAUUCAAAAGCGAAUGGAACAAGCUCGUUGAAGUACCACCUCAAGUCAUGUAUGAAGUUUUCAAAUGCUAGUGAUCCUCGACAACAAGAACUGCAUUUUCAACAUGCUGAUGGCAGACAUGGUGAGGGGAACUUAGUGCCUUGGAAAUUUGAUCAACAAGCAAUAAGAAUGGCAAUUGCGCGAAUGGUAAUUAUUGACGAGCUACCUUUUAAAUUUGUUGAUGGCGAAGGAUUUAAGCAAUUUAUGAAUAUUGCUUGUCCUAGAUUUAUUAUGCCUUCUCGUUGGACAACUGCUAGGGACAUUAUUGAAUGCCAUGAUAGUGAGAAAUUAAAGUUGAAAUGAAGAAGGUUUGUGAAUGUUUUAUUUGCACUGAAGUUUGUGAUGACAAAGGCAUUGUGGGGAAGGAUCCAAUGAGCCAUCUAAUGCCAUAUCAAUAUUUGGCUUACUGCUUUGAAUUGUAUUUGUUUUGUAUGGAGUUUAUGGACUAUCUUUAUUUUUCAUAUUUUGUGGUUGUCAUGUUAUAUAUGUCAUAUUUUGGGCUUUGACCCAAAAUAUAAGGCUUUUGUGCUUUC